UGUUCGGGGCGCGGGGUGAGGACCGCGAGCGCGGCGGUUGAGCCCGAGCUGGAGCCCGAGGCCGGCGCCGCGUUGUCCGCCCGCCUCUCCCCGGCAUGGAGUCUCACAGCCUGGUGACUGAGGAGGACAUGGUGCACAAGUCGCCCAUGAUCCACGGCAAGGAGCAGCUCCGGCACGGACACAAGGCCGCCGUCCUGCUGCCCGUGUCUGCAAGCAGUCAUUCUCCAGAGACGUCGCUAUCUCCGAUAGACACCAUGAAUUCCCUCUCAAAUUUUGAAUCUGAAAUGGAUCACGAUGGACAAGGGAAUUAUUCCCUUUUCCCAGCCCUCGAUAAUGUGACCAUCUUGCCUGCAACCAGCGAAGCACUGGAAACUGAAACAACGACUGAUGUGAGUGACAAGCCAAGCAUGACGUGGCUGGAUGCUGCUCAGAUAAUUCUGGAGGAAGCUGGGAGACCUCUGCACAUCAAAGAGAUCAAGCAGCGGAUAUUGGACGGAGGACUGGUGCAGUCAAACUCUAAAUCCAGCCUGGAAGCUGUUCUCUAUCGAGAGACUCAAAAAGGCAGCAGACGAUUCAAGAGGCUGGAAAACAAAAAUGGAGUGUUUGCUCUACAGGUGGAAAAGGAACACCAGCAGCUCCUCCAGACCUACACGGCCCAGUCUUUCCUCGUUCCCGUGACAACCCCGACAGAGUAUCCUAAUCCACAGCUGAUGGAUCAUCUCUCCAACUUUCCUUCCCCCUCCAUGUUCCAAGACUCCAAACCUAAACCAAAGAAAGUCCAGAAGAAGGCCCUGAACGAGAAGUACAAAGCCAAGUACCUCCGACUGCGGAAGACCGUGAAAGCCCUCAUAUUCGAGAAUGCUGCUCUGUGUGAUGAAAUUGCUUACAUGGAGCUGAAGUUUUUCCGAACCAAAGAGGAAAGAAGGUUCCUGUUAAAGAGGUUGCUGCAGCACCAGAGCUUAUCUGAUGGGAUUGAGCUGGCAGGAGGCACUUCUACGGGAGUUGUCCCCGCUGUGUACAGCGUGCCUGCAGGGGGCAGCCUGGUGCCUAACAUUUCCAGCCUGCCCACUACGCAAGUCGCCGGUAUUUCCGCUGGAGAGGAGGCUGUGGGGAAAAAGUCAAAGAAAGACAAGAGGGACAAAGGAAAAGAUAAUGGCAAAGAUGAUGAUGCUGCCUGACCUGCUGAGUAUCUCCAGGCACUAUCCUCAUUCGAGGAGGGAGACAUGAUGUUAGUUGCAGGACAGGGCAGCACAGCCAAGACUACAGGUGGGGCCCUAGUUCACAGUGGAUGGACAUGUUUGGAAAUGGUGAUCGUAGCAAAAGGAUGGUCAGAAUGAUCGUAGCAAGUUUCAAUGAAAUGAUGCUUUAAAUUUUUAGAAAACUCGACAUAUUUGUUGAACUCGGUCCUGCUGGAAGACUGGGCAAUUGUGACGGUUCAGGGCAUUAGGCGGGAAGUCCUCUUAUAGGCAGCAAUGGACAAGCAAUAUGUAUUCAGUAUUCCUGCCAUUUGUUCCCAUCGCAAACCUCUGCAACUGACUUUGAGGACCCCUAGGCCAUAACCUCUGGUCCCAGAAACGGAUAAUCCAGAAAGAGUCUGGAACCAAGGAACCUGUAGAACGAAAAAAUGGGAAAUACAAAAUCUGUAGAGACAGACAUUUGAACAACCUCUUCCAUCAGAAUUCCAGCUUCUAAUUUUAAUUCAGUUUUAAUAACCGGAGUCCUCAGUUCUCCCCAUUCCUCUCCUACCAUGAAUUUGCUGACCACUACUGUUCAAUGAAUGUUACCAACCCUUGGGUACUUAAAGGUACGCAAGGUCUGGGAAUAUUCUCUGUGAGUGAGGCUGGAUGUAGAUAGAGUCAGAGUCACAUGUUGAGCACCAAGCAUCCAUUCAGACAAACACUUAUUUUCCCCAUUACCCCCAGACUCUCUCUCUCACCGCACAUUUCGGGAGCAAUUCACAGUGGCAAAUCAGUCCGCAUGGUUUUGGGCUGCAGCAGCAAAAGGGAUUAUGCUGGGAAAUCUCGUAGUCACAGUGGUAAAUGUAUGUAAAUCCAUAUAGACAGCAGCGGGGUGGUCAGGACUGAAGCCGGGUCACUGCAAGUGUGACCCAACAGCUCCAUUGUCUGGGGAUCGCUGGUUGGCGCGGACUAGGUGGGCCAAAGGGCCUGUUUCUGUGCUGUCUCUCUAAACUCCACUAGCUCUGCCUCUGUACUUCCCUGUGCAGGGGGCACCACAGCUACUCUUGAUAUGACCUGCAUGUUUUCCCAUGGCUGUGAAGAAAUCAGGAGUGUGAACCUGAGAAGAUCUCUUUCAUUGAAUGUUUGUGAUGUUUCAGAUGCAGCACUGUGUUUGAUCACCAUGAUAUUUGUAAGCUGCUUCGUGUGUGAGUAAGUUAGUGACUGGGCAAGCUUCCGUUCUUUUUGUCUUUAAUUAAUGCUGAUAUCUUUUAGUAAUAUUGUGAAGCAAGAGUGGACAUUCUGUGUGAAUCCAGUGGCCUAUUAGCAUGUCACUCUUUCCCGAGGCAACUUGCCAACUGUGGCCAGGAGUCCACAGCCUCAUAGACAUUAGGGAUGGGACAAUGGCUCAGCUGGUAGAGCCGCUGCCCCACAGCACCAGAGACUGGGGUUUGAUUCUGACAUUGGAGGCUGUCUAUGUGGAGUUUGCACGGUUUCCUCUGGGUGCUCUGGUUUCUUCCCACAUCGCUAAGACGUGCAGGUUUGUAGGUUAGUCGGCCCUCUAGAUUGCGUCUCGUGGGGAGUGGAUGGGAAAAUGGGAUAACAUAGAUGUAAUGUGAAUGGGUGAUGGAUGGUCAGUGCGGACUCAGUGGGCCGUAGGGCCUGUUUCCUUGCUUUAUCCCUAAACUAAGGUAAACGUAAUGGAAUUAAUCUGUGGCAUUCAAACUCACAGGCAUGUCUGUUGACAAUUAAGUGGUGCUUCGUGGUACCGAAAGUAGUUGCACUGUGCAGCGAACCAUGCUCCAACCUCAAACCUCCAAUCUCCACUGCGGCUCUGCAGCAAACGAUGCAACAAUCCAACCUCCACUGCAACUCUACAGCACCCUUUUCACUGAGUCUUGAGGUUCUGGAAUCAAAUCCCUUUACUGAAUUGUGCUUAGAAACUGAGACUGACGCAUCAGUGCAUCGCUGGAGAUCCGUUUUGCCGGACCAACAAAUGUCACGGACUCCGAGAGGAGUCCAACGGUACUGGAACGGUCCGCAUGUCGGCUGCUGAAGUAGGCUCUGGGAACGUAUCUGCUGGCUCAGGCCGGGCCGGAGUUCUAGAGCCCCGGCUGCAGGGGGCAAAUCUGACCCGUUGAUCGGAUUUCCCGAUGAGGUCGACAUCGGCCGCCUCAUCCGGCCUAGGCCCCACAUUUCGGGGGGACUUCUGAGGGGGGGAGGUUUCAAUUGAGAUCUCGUAAUUUUGUCCUAAAUAAAGAAGGUGCCGGCAACCAGACUUUCGAAGACAGGAUCGAACCCGGGUCUCUGGCGCUGUAAGGCAGCAACUCUAGCGCCGUGCCAUCAUGCCACCCAUUAGUAUCAAACCUUUACUAACCCCAGGCUAAGACAUUAAGCACCUGUUGGCAAGUAUCUAAAAAGAAAUUGUGCACAGGUUUUUGAAAUGUAGUUUAAUAUUUUAAAUUUAUUAUUUUUUUUACAGGAAAAAACAGUUGACAUUUAUUGUAAAUAAAUCCAUUAUCUGCUUCUAUUUAUUCCUGUAUUUGUCUAUUGUUCAAUAAAUUAAUUUAGCCUUUGAAGCCAAAACAAA